GACUUUAUUGCUUUCUUAACAUGCUAACUGCAGUGAUCUACAAUCAGUUCAGAGGAUACUUAAUGACGUCCCUGCAGUCAAGUUUAUUCCGCAGGAGACUCGCCGUGCGAGCUGCAUUUGAAGUACUUAACCGUCUGUCAGAAUCGAAAGAAAACGUCAGCGCGGACAGUGUAAGCAGCAACAGCCUCUACAGGGUGUUGGAAAAAGUUCACGUGAAACACCGCCACCAACAGCUACUUAGAGAGGGACUGGAUGACUUACCAAGUGGUCACGUGACGGUGGAGGAGUUCCAGAGCUGGUUUGAGGCAAUCGAGAAGCCGCGCAGGCGCAACAGACCCGCUAUGAGUUACGUCACAAAUCCGUUGCUGAGGAAACUACAGGUGGUUGCCGCCCACCAUUGGUUUGAUUACUUUGGGGAUUUCAUCUCUGCUGUCAAUGUCGUCUUCGUUUCGAUUGAGCUUGACCUCGAGUACGACCUUUCUCUGAAAUCAAGCCACUCGGCACUUGCAGCUGCAAACCUGUUUUUCGUCAUAUACUACUGUGCAGAGCAGAGUAUUAAGCUGUGGGCGCUGGGCUGGCAGAGAUAUGUGUCAUUCAAGGGUAAUCUCUACUGUGGAGGGGUGACUGUACUACUUGUCGUCAUCGAGAUUAUACACCUUUCUUUGUUUGGGUCACCAUUCAAUUAUGCCGCAAAAAUGCCGACAACUACAGAUGCGGACUACAUCUUCUCCCUACCCAACAUGGUGCGCAUCAUCAACAUGCUUAUCAUCUUCAGGCUGCUCAGAGUAGUGCCUAACAUAUCGGCGUUGUCCCUUGUUGCCGAGACUUUGUUGAACCUGGUUCGCAAUCUCAUACCUUUCAUUGGCAUCAUAGCUGCCAUAUACUAUAUAUUUGCCAUAUUUGGGAUGAUGCUAUUUGAAGGAGUGACGAACCCACUUAAGCGAUGUGCACAUACGAACGCGAACGCAACCUCUGAUCCCUGUACCGAACUGGACUUUGACAAAUUUCAAUAUUUUGCAAACAAUUUCGAUGACUUCGCGGCUGCACUUGUAAAUCUGUGGGAUAUUAUGAUUGUUAACAACUGGCACGUUUUUCUCAAAGCCUACGAGAAGCUAGUCAAUCCAUGGGCGCAGCUCUAUUUCCUGGCCUGGUACCUGGUUUCCGUCAUUAUGAUAAUCAACCUAUUCGUCGCGCUCAUCCUCGAGGCGUUUGUCAGCCAGUGGGAGCAGCAACAAGCGCGUCUUCACAAGCACACACUCCCGGGAUCUUUACAGUCCGAGUCUCAGGAUCUUCGAUUCCACCAGCUGUUUCGUUCAAGUCUGGUCGAGCCCCACGAAGCGGAGCUGAUAGCCGAGCUAAACAGUCAUGAAUAUCUUCGCUUUCACCCGUCAUACGGCACGUUAUGACAAUAGAUCUACGCAUGCGCGGAUGGUAUGCUAUGUUCGACAUCCCACAUGAUUACGACUUGUCGAUAACGGUAGUAACGGGGUGAAAUGACGCACACCUUGGGUUUCUUUGGGUUUUCUUUAGGACAAGGGACUAGAAAUGGAAUAUUCGAUGAACAUAAACCUCAAAUAUUUUAUCUGACCGUUUUUGUUAAGUCACCAUUUUGUACAUCAACCAGCAAGGGUAUUGUGUUUCUUGUGUCUAAUGGUGGACCACAUAAAAAAGACAGACAUUUGUUAUUAGAUGUUUUCUUUUUAAUUAUUGCAUGAUCGUGAUCUUUCUGACAGAUGCGAUCCUUGCGACAUUAUGCUACAUUUGGACUGAAUAAAUUUUGAUUUGAAUGCCGAUAUCUUCACAAAAGUGUUUUUAAAAUAGUUUCUAGAAAACAAAAUGAUCGUAAGGUUACCUUUCUGACAGAUGCGAUCUUUGCGACAUUAUGCUACAUUUGGACUGAAUAAAUUUUGAUUUGAAUGCCGAUAUCUUCACAAGGGUGUUUUUAAAAUAGUUUCUAGAAAACAAAAUGAUCUUCAGGUUAUCUUUCUGACAGAUACGAUCUUUGCGACAUUAUGCUACAUUUGUACUAAAAAAAAUGAUUUGAAUGCCGAUAUCUUCACAAGGGUGUUUUAAAAUAAUUUCUAGAAGACAGCAUGAAAAUAAGGCCGUUAUGACAUAUAAUGCGACAUUAUGCGAUCCUAAUCUACUGAAUGAAUUUCUAGGAAUCAAAGGGAUCGCAAGGAGAUCUUUAUUGCCAAAAACGAUAUCCUCUGUCUGAAGCAAUUUUCCAACAAACCUCCUGGUUUUUAUGUUAAGUGUUGUACAGUAUGUAUACAUUUUGAUACAGAGAAGUUUUAAAAUACAGUGUGUUAAUUAUUAUAUAUUUUUGUUAUGAAUUUAAAAACAGAAGAAAUGUAGAAAAGAAUUUACAAACGUAUCUAGAACAAUUUUUUGUAAUAUUGAGGAAACGAUAAUAAUUAUAGUUUAGUUUGUUUUAUGAAACAAAUAUUCUAUAGAAUAGACAUCUUAAACAAGGACCCGCACCAUUAUAAAAGGGCUUAGCUCCGCCUCUUUUCGAAUGAAUAAAAUUCAAACUUCAAGAUGACAACACGCCGUAACAUUUUACUGCAUAUUCCUGCUCUUUUGGUGGGUUAUUCAUUGUUUUGGCCAAGAGAAAAUAAACCGAGCAAACGAGAAGAUAAGCGCUUCAAAAGUUGUGUUUGGGUUUCGCUUCUCGUGGGCAAACAAGACACGCUUGACUGAACCCCGAAGCUCCACACCGCGUAGCAAUUUACUGACAACUGAGCCUUUCGUGGACCUGGUCCAGGCCCUUUUAUAGUGCGGGUCCUUUUUUAAAUAGAUAGAAAAAUAAACGAAUGACUUUCUAAUAUACACUCGAUGGCGUUCCACAUGAAAGUAAACUGAACAUUUCAAUUUUUAAAAUAAGCCACGUGAUUUUACUUUUUAGUUAUAUCCCUAUCUAAUCUUUUUGUUUUUUGUCUGGAAAUCUUUGAGGGUGGGGUCUAAAUAUAUCUCGAACUAUUGGUUUGCAUUGCAAUUUCGAGACAAUUAUCAUCUCGCUGCAAGGAAUCGCCAGGCCCUAUUUUGGGUGUGUCAGAAUACAAAAUAGCGUCAUAAAUAUGACUUAGUAGUCUAAACUAUUAUUUCAAGUUCUGAAUAAAUCUCAGAUAUCAGUCACUAAUCAUCUUGUGUCCAGAUACAUCAGAAUCUACACUCUCAAGGUUUUGUAAAGAAAAAAAUCAUCUUGUGUCCAGAUACAUCAGAAUCUACACUCUCAAGGUUUUGUAAAGAAAAAAAAAAGCAAUAAAAACGUUGAUAUUAAAUUAUAUUGGAAGUGUUGUUUUUUAUCUUUGUAAAGAAUUUAAAUACACAAGAAUUGAACAUAAUUUUAACAGUAAAAAAGUAGCGGGAUGCUUGUAUAUAGGUGGCGCAGUUGGCAGAGCAUCGCUCUGUAGUGCCUGUGCCUCUCACCACUGGGUUCUGGGUUCGAUUCCCGGUUCCGACGUGAGUAGAGUUAGUUGGUCUCGCCUUUGCUCCGAGGGUUUUUCUCCGGGUUCUCCGGUUUUCAUCCCUCCACAAAACCAACAAUUUCGAUCUUAGCUGUGAUCCGUGGUCAGACAUGAGUUGUAUGGCGGCUGCCUGAGGCGCCUUCCUAUAUGCCUUCAACUCGACCACGUCUGAAUCUGCGCUCUCGUAAUUCAGCUUCCCAGCUGCAAUGAAAGUGAUUAGCUACUCCAAUUUAUU